CGGUCGAGAUAGGGGAGCGCGCGGAACAGGGAGGAGGACGAGAAGGAGGACGAGGAGGAGGACGAGGAGGACGAGGAGGAGGAUAAACGGCAAGGAGGAAACGAAGCCCGCGCGCCGUUCGGUAGAUCAAACCUCCACAGCUGCACGUGGUGCGACACAUUGCCCUCCCCACCCGCGCCACGCCGGAGGGAAAAACCACGGCCACAAUUUCUCCGAGGUCCGCGCGGAUCCCUGUCAUCGGCGCUGGGCCCCCCUCCCUGGCACGCGGAGCGCGCCGGGAGCGCCGCUGGAGGAGCCGCCGAGGGGGGCCCAGCGAGGGGGGAGCGGAGGAACAGAGGCCCGCCCCGCCAGACGCGCGCCGCCGCUCCUCUCCCUCGCCGCGGCCCCGCCGCUCCCGCCGCCGUCCGCGGCCAUGUCCCCGCAGUGGCGCUUUGGCAGGCGGGGCGCAUGCCGUCCUGCUGCUGGCUUGCACAGUGGAGGCCAGUCCACAGGAAGCCUGCCACAGGAAACCCAGCCCUGAGACCCCAGGACGUCCACCGAUGUUUAGCGCGUUGGGAGCGUCGCGCUGUCCAUCGCAGACCUUCGGCCCAACCCCGCCGGCCCAACGUCGUGCCACAUAGGCGUCUCUAAUAAGGCAGGCGGCAGUGGUGGUUCGCCGCAGGCGUCUUCUAUAAGUUUCGACUGAGGAGGUAGCGCUGUGUAUCAGCAGGCAACGAGUUGGGCAUAAAUUGGUCGUACAGUCCUCUUGAUUAUGGCUAAGGCUCUUCCUUCUUGGUCGUAUCUCCGCAGACGGACAACAGCUUGCUUUUCGGUUCAUAGCUAAUCGAAGUCAAUUUCCAUUUGUUAUCACCCCGCUUGUCCUGCACCUUCAAAAUGCCACGGAACUUCUGGCCUAAGAUAUCCCUGCCCUCGCCUUCUGGCUUCGGAAACGAGCCGAAUAGCCACAUCUCGAUGUCUCCUGGUCCGAUUUUGCGCAGACAUUCGUUCCACAUGUCGGGGAAUGAUUGCUUGCCCUUGUCUCCUUUCUCAAAUGUCGCCUCGCUAUCGUACUGCCAUCUCUCUAAAUGGCAAAGCAUCCCUGCACCCGUGUCCUUCCGAUGCACAACUACCGCAACGCAAGAACCAAACUCCUCUGAGUACACCUGCUUGUCUUCACUGGAGAAAAUAUACAUCUCACCGAUCCCCACGUUGAUGUCACCGCUCGCUUUGACAUUGGUCGGCGUGGGCGUCAGGGAGGGGGAGGCGGCCGCCAUUGAGAGCACACGGAGCCCACCCAACAGUGGAUCGCAGUGGCUUGAGCCAAAGCCGCCCGAGCCGGAAAGGCU